UAAAGAUAGCUUCAUUGUUCAGAACUUUUUCCUACUGUCAGAUGAGCUUGUGCGUGUAGAACAUAAACUGAUAAGAUAGGAACGCAAGGCACGCAGUGUGAUAAAACAAAGACCUAGCAAAUUGAUUUCAGGCGGAAAACUAGCAGUUUAAUUUGGACACUAAUUAAACUUUACAUUCCAAUAAACGAGAUGGCCUCAAAAGUUAAGAUUGGCAUUAUCGGAGGAUCCGGGUUGGACGACAGUCAGAUUAUUGAGAAUCGCACCGAACGCGUGGUAAACACACACUUUGGCAUUCCCUCCGAUGUCCUUAUCGAAGGCAAGAUUGCCGGUGUAGAUUGCGUGCUGCUAGCACGCCACGGAAGAAACCAUUCGAUUAUGCCAACGAACGUGAACUAUCGGGCUAACAUUUGGGCAUUGAAAGCGCUUGGCUGUACGCAUGUAAUCGUUUCGACGGCUACAGGUUCGUUGAAGGAAGAAAUACAUCCCGGAGAUAUCGUGAUUCCGGACAACUUUAUCGAUCGUACUACGAAACGCGUGCAAACUUUUUACGAUGGCAACGAGCUGCUGUCGGGCGUCUGUCACAUCCCUAUGGAGCCGGCAUUCUGUAAUCGUACGCGGGACGUUCUCAUCGAAACGGCACGAGGCAUCGGUCUGGGGGUACACGAGAAGGGCACGGUCGUUACAAUCGAAGGUCCACGCUUUUCGAGUAAAGCCGAAAGUAAUCUAUUCCGCCAGUGGGGUGCCGACCUGGUAAACAUGACGCUGGUCCCGGAGGUAGUACUGGCGAAGGAGGCUGGUCUCUGCUAUGCCGCCAUUGCCAUGGCAACCGAUUACGACUGCUGGAGGGAAACGGGUGAGGAUGUAAAUGUGGCAGAUGUGCUAGCAACGUUCAAGAAGAACGUUACGAAGGUAACUGAUCUGAUUAUCAACGCUAUACCGAAGGUAGCCGCCCUUGAUUGGUCGGAUACAAUUGAAGAGCUGGGGAAGACGGUCAAUACCAGCAUUAUGCUUCCCCAUUCUAACUAAUUAACCAAACAGCGUACACCAAAUAUGCGCGCACAUAAACACAGAAAAGCGAGCACUCACUCUGUCGCCAGCCGGGAAAUAAUCAUCUCACCAACGGGGUCGUAAAUGGGGUAAACCUAUCAUAUGCCUAGUCAAUUGCAAUCUUUCUUUGCCAUACAAAUAGACCGAUGCGAAGGCCCUCUGUGAAAACCGUGCUUACUUUCAAAAGCAAUACAAUCCCAUGUUCAGCACAAAUAUGAAUAUCUUGCCAUUGACUAAAGGAAUUCGUCGGUCACUGUGCAACUUUUCGAAUAAUAAAACAUUUGUAAAGGCAUUACUUUUUA